AGGGAGAAGCUGACACUGCGAUAAUCCUGGACUCGAAGCUGCAUUACUGUGCAAGGACACCCAUGCGUGGUCGAUAAGCAGUCUGAAGGAUGAGUUUCCUUGCUGAUGGAAUGCCUUUGGCCUCAGUUGUGAAUGAGGGAAUAUUAGGCACAGGAAUCAGUAUCAAAGAAGAGCUCAGCGAAGAUAUUUCCAAGGAUAUUUGUUUAGAAAUUAAAGAACAGCUCGAUUACGCAGAUCAUGAGAGAGAUGAAGUGAGCGACAUAAAAGUGAAACACGAGUGUCUUUUCUUUCAUAAUCUUUAUGACCAAAGGCAUGAAGCAGAUGCAAAGGACUCGUGUGACUUGGUUCAGGAUCAUAGUGACGUGUUAAGAGUGCCAUUAGUGGCUGAGGAUUGUUGGAACAACUGUUCACCAGAAGGGGAUCAGGCGAUACAUAAGGAAAGUCUUAGGGAUACAGAACCAGACGUGGAACCGACGCAGAAGCGUCUUGUAUGCGAGGCGUGCGGCAAGAAAUUCUCUAAAAGGAGAUAUCUCAAUAUUCACAUGAGAGUCCACACAAAGGAGAAGCCCUACAGAUGUGAUAUUUGCGACAAGGGCUUCCCAUCCAAAAACAAUCUAGUAAAGCAUAUCAGAGUACAUACAAAGGAAAAGCCAUACAGCUGUGAAAUCUGCAACAAGGCCUUCUCGGAGAAAGGUCCUCUAGUAACGCACAUGAGAAUACACACAAAGGAGAAGCCGUUCAACUGUGAGAUUUGCAACAAGAAAUUCUCUCAAAAAAGAAAUAUCAACAUUAACAGGAGAGUUCACACAAAGGAGAAGCCGUUCAGCUGUGAGAUUUGCAGCAAGGCCUUCUCUCAGAAAGGUACUCUAGUAAGGCACAUGAGAGUACAUACAAAGGAGAAGCCAUUCAGCUGUGAUAUUUGCAGCAAGGCCUUCUCUCAGAAAGGUACUCUAGUAAAGCACUUGAAAGUACAUGCAAAGGAGAAGCCAUUCAGCUGUGAGAUUUGCAGCAAGGCCUUCUCUCAGAAAGGUACUCUAGUAGAGCACAUGAGAGUACAUACAAAGGAGAAGCCAUUCAGCUGCGAGAUUUGCAGCAAGGCCUUCCUUAAGAAAAAUACUCUAAUAAGGCACAUGAGAGUACAUACAAAGGAGAAGCCAUUCAGCUGUGGGAUUUGCAGCAAGGCCUUCUCUCGGAAAGGUCAUCUAGUACAGCACAUGGGAAUACAUACAAAGGAGAAGCCAUUCAGCUGUGAAAUUUGCAGCAAGGCCUUCUCUGAGAAAGGUACUCUAGUAAGGCACAUGAGAGUACAUACAAAGGAGAAGCCAUUCAGAUGUGAGGUUUGCAGCAAGGCCUUCUCUGAGAAAGGUACUCUAGUAAGGCACAUGAGAGUACAUACAAAGGAGAAGCCAUUCAGCUGUGAGAUUUGCAGCAAGGCCUUCUCUGAGGCACGUACUCUAGUAAAGCACAUGAGAGUACAUACAAUGAAGUCAUUAAUGUAUGAAAUUUUCAACAAAGCUUUUCACGAAGAAAUUAUCUAGUUAAAUAUACAGGAGUACGUGAUAUUACAAUACAGGGAGUAACCUUACUGCUGUAACAUUUACAAUAAAGCCUCACUUGAAAAUAGCCUAGUGAACUAUAUGAUAUUACAUAGAAAGGAAGAGCCAUACUGUUGUGUGAUAUGCUACAGUUGUAAAAUCUAUAAUAACUAGUCUAUCGGGCCAUUAGAGAGUACACAAAGGAUAAGCCGUAUGAUCUCCUAGUGCAACACAUAAUAACCCAAAGAAGACAUUUCCUGGGGAACACGUGACGGUAUCAAAUACCAUUAUAUUUCAUCUAAAAGGAACAAACUUCUUGAUACUAUUGGGAAAGAAUUAUCCCAUGCUUUAUAGAAUCUUCUGAAUUAUGCUAUGGAUAAAAUUUUUGACAGAGUUCUUUCGAGAAUAAGAAACUUUUAUGCGUUAUGCCCUGUAUUUAAUUCUCCAUGUUUGUUUUGUUCUGGUAAACUCACGUAUGUUAUUACUGAACAGACCACUACUGGUCAUGGCUUUCGAGAAAGCGGCUCCUCCGCCUCCUCAAUAUGGCAAUUAAUGUGGGAAAAAAAGCUUCUAUUUCUUAUAAUGAGAAGGAAAUUCAUGCAUUCCAUAUAAAAUAAUGCAUGAAAUGUUUUCUUUUAUUGAUUAAACAAAAGAAAACCGACACACUUUCAUGGCUAUAUCUAUAUCUAUGUAGAUAUAUAUUUCUAUACAUAUAUAUAUUUACAUAUAUGUAUACAUAUAUACAUAUCUAUC